GCGGUGCCAGCGGCGUCAGCCAGCUCGGCUUUCUAGGCUCGAGGCGCGGCUCCACCAUGGCUCCCAAGGGCGGCUCCAAGCAGCAAUCUGAGGAGGACCUGCUCCUGCAGGAUUUCAGCCGCAACCUCUCGGCCAAGUCCUCCGCGCUCUUCUUUGGGAACGCCUUCAUCGUGUCCGCCAUCCCCAUCUGGUUAUAUUGGCGAAUAUGGCAUAUGGAUCUUAUUCAGUCUGCUGUUCUCUAUAGUGUGAUGACCCUAGUAAGCACUUAUUUGGUAGCCUUUGCAUACAAAAAUGUGAAAUUUGUUCUCAAGCACAAAGUAGCACAGAAGAGGGAGGAUGCAGUUUCCAAAGAAGUGACUCGAAAACUUUCUGAAGCUGAUAAUAGAAAGAUGUCUCGAAAGGAAAAGGAUGAAAGAAUCUUGUGGAAGAAGAAUGAAGUUGCCGAUUAUGAAGCUACAACAUUUUCCAUCUUCUAUAACAACACCCUAUUCCUGGUCUUGGUCAUUGUUGCCUCCUUCUUUAUAUUGAAGAACUUCAACCCCACAGUGAACUAUAUUUUGUCCAUAAGUGCUUCAUCAGGCCUCAUCGCCCUCCUGUCUACUGGCUCCAAGUAGACCAUGUCCGCUUUGCCCCCUGGCUUUGUAUCUACGGGUGGCCUGUGGUAUAUGGAAAAGUAGCAGGGUGGUCAGAGUGAGAGACACACAAGAUGUUUUUAUAGUCUGCAGUUUGAGGGUUUGAAAAACCCAACAAAAUGUAAUUCAGUAUUUGUGUAUUGGCUCUUUUUUGACAGAUUGUUGAAAUUAAAGGAAUUGGAAAGGAAACUCCGAGUACCAGGACAUUUAUUAAAAGAUGACACAAACAUCCCACAGGCUACCAGUUUGGCAACCUUGCUGUUCUACUGACUGGAAUAAUUGGUGGAUUGAGGAUACCAAGGAAGGAGAGCAGUGAGGGGAGAUGAGCCCUGGAUGUGAAGGGCCUGCCUGCUGAGAAGCCUGGAUUUCUCUGAGGAGGUGAUGGGGAGCCUCAGAAGGGAGAACAUUGCUUCUCUCCACCUUCUAGGUGGAAGUGGGGUGGAUGGGGGCCUGUGCAGGUGAUGGCUGCCUGCCUGCAGCUGUGGUUUAUCCUCUCCAGUCGGCCAUUUAUUGAGGCUCUGACUUGUAUGUUCCCUCCAGUUUACGCAUGGCUGAGGCACAUUCCAUCCCUUAGAGCAGCUGGCUUCUCGUGCCCAUUAGAACUUUCCUUUAACCACUGUUGGCACUGCACACUUCCUGUCCUGCCGCCAGUCCCACCACAGCUGGGUGCCCCCAGCUGCCCAGUCACAACGGGUGGAAGUUUGCUGGGCUGGCCGGAGGUGGGAGUGGAAAGGGGGAGGGGAUGAUGGAGCCUCCAAGUAGCAGCCUCCCAGCUUGGGUAGCAUCCCUAUUAUCUUACCUUUUGAGCAUCUCUUAACCGCAUCCUGCUAUCAGCCUGAGCCUUGCUAGGGAGGAAAUGCUUUGAGAAGAUGAUGGACUCCGGAGUUUUCGUCUGAAAUACAUCUUUUGCUACCUAGAGUACUCCCACAACCCAGGAGUUACCUCUUUUUACCGUUCCCAGGCAGUAUUAACUCCCCCUGGGAUGGCAGUGGUCACUAUUCGCAUGAUAGGAAUCUCAGUUCCUCCCUUUUCUGGCUGAGCCAUCAGCAAGUCCUGUCUGUGUCCAAAGCCUGUGGAAUCCAUCCACUUCACCUCUGUAGCCGCCAUCCUAGCUAAUCCAAGCCAGCAUCUCUCAUCACCUGGACAACUGCCUUUGCCUUUCUUCAUUCCACUUUCUACAAAGCAGCCAGCACAGUCUUUAAAAAUUCAAAUAACAGCAUGUCCUUAAAACGCUCCGAAGGAUUUGUUGCACAUACAACAAAACUAACCUUUUUAGUGUCCUUUGAAAUCCAUCUCCUGCCUGACUCCACUUUAAUGCAUCCACUGUCCCUUUUGCUCACUACAUGUUGGCCACGUUAGCCUUAGGCUGGCAGUUCCUGGAAAAAGCCAAGUUCCUAAUGGUCUCCAGGCCUUCGCACUGUUCUCCACUGUGUCUGGAAUGCUCUUGCUUGGGUUUUUCAUAUGCUGCGUUCUCCUCUUUUGGACUUCAGGAUACACCUAUCCCAGAGGGGCCUUUGGCACAAACAUUAUCUGAAGUAGGCCCACCCAUUUCUCAGUCUCUGUUACAGAAUCCUCUUUAGUUACCUAAUAGUCCUCACAUUUUGAAAUUAUUUCAUGUUUAUUAUGUGCUUCUCCCACUGGAAUGUAAACUCCUUAAAGCCUGGACAGUAUCUUUGUCUGUUAUGGUGUCUCCAGUGCCUGGUGCAUAGUAGGCUCUCAAAGAUCUGAAUGAACUAAGGGAUAGAUUGAUUUUUUUUUUUUUUUUUUUUAUCUGAUUCACUCUUAGCCAGCCCGUGAUCUCAUGAGGGCAGAGGCCAGUUCUUUGCUCAGUACCUUCCAUGCCUAGCGUGGUGCCAAACAUACAAUACAUACUAAAUAACUGUUAAUGGAAUUGAAAUCAUUGAAUUUCAGUUGCGUACAGACUGUUCCUCUGUUCCCUCCUUGUCACCGUGUAGUCUUAUCUUUUCCCAGAACAUCAGUGAAAAUAAGGUAGGGGUGACUUUCAUAAGAAGGAGCAUUCCCCAUACGGGAUGGAACCCCAUAGAAUUCUGGGAGGAGUUGGGGGGCUGGAGAGGUUCUUCAUAGCAGGGGCAGCUGCACAGCCCUAAGAAAGUGAUGAUGGGAAGGAGGUUGGCACCAUUUAUCUCCCAGCAUAUUCUGGGCUAUUUGCCAAAAGGGUUUUUUAAAAAUGUUUUAAGUUUAAUCAAGUUUGUUCACACCUCCAUGGGUUUCCUUUUGGAAGGGUUAACGGGGCUUGUUUCAGGGAUGGGCAGGCAGGGGAGACCUUUCUGUUCCCCAGUGAGCAGUAGGAAAAUAGACAACCAUACCUGUUGUGGCAGGUGCUGGCUGUGGCAAGAGUAGUGGGCAGGGUCCUUAGGACCCUCAGGGCUGAGCGUGGGGCAGGCUCAGGACUGAGGUAUGGCCUUUGGGGCACGGGAUGGUCACAGCAGCCAUUAACCUCACCCUCUCCACAGAUAAAGCCCCCAGGAACAUCUCUCUCCCACUUUCUCUCUCACUACCGAUGCAGGCUUCUACCAAAUCCAAUCCACUUCUUCCCCAGGGAAGGUGGUUAGUCCUGAAUUUGCUGCUAGAAAGAUGUGAUCCUGGAAAUCCAAAAUAGAAUUUUGAGCCUAUAUCCUCUUAAAAUGUGGGAAACAUUCAUUCAACAGGUAUUUGAUUGUUGACUAAGAGACACAGUAUGCUAGGAACUGGAAAAUCGGUGGAGAUGCCAGAAAGUCUCUGACCUCCGGGAGCUCACAUUCCAGUGGGGAGACAGCAUGCAUCAGAAUCACCAAGAGGGCUUGUGAAACAGUUACUGGGUGCCAUCCCGGAGUUCGUGACUCAGAAGGUCUGGAGUGGGGUCUGGGGAUCUGCAUUUCUGCAAGCUUCCAGGUGCUGCUGCUGGUUCAGGGAUCAGGCUUAUUGUAAAAACUUGAUGUAAAAUUUACCCAGUUAAAGUGUAUAAUUCAGUAAUUUUUCAUAAGUUGAUCAUGUGCAACCAUCACCAUUGAUAGUGAAUCCCGUUUGUACCUCCACUCCCAGCAAACCUCUAAUCUAUUUUGUACCCCUAUAACUUUUUAUUACUUCCAGACAUUUCAUUUAAAUGGAAUCCUAUAACCUGGAUCUUUAAGUCUGACUUCUUUCACUUAACAUAAUGUUUAUAAGGUUCACCAUGUUCUAGCACGUAUUAAUAAAUAUUUCUUUUAUUGCUGAACAGAAUUCCAUCAUGUGGAUGUAGGACUACACUUUGAGAAUCACUGCUCUGGUUCCACUGCCUACUGUCCUUAUUCAGGACCUCACCUUCUCUCUCCUGCACAACUGUUUUUCCCACCUCUUGAGUGGAUUUUCUCUCCUUUUCCCCCAUACAUCUGUCACACGUCAACCAGCAAUGUUUCCAGAUGUAAAUCUCAUCAUGUCACUUGCCUGGUCAGAAGUUCUUCAAUAUAAUCAUUGUCCUGUGAGACGAAGCUCUCAUUUCUCACCCUGGCAAACUUACUAGAACGCCGUCUCUCCAGCUUCAGGUCUUCUCAUUCCCUGCCUUGAAAUUCGGGGUGCAGUAGCACUGAACUGUUUGUAAAUCCUUUCCAUCCCCAAACAUCAUGCUGUUUUCCUGCCCCUCAAGCCCUCGGCUCAAGUGUGCCCUCGACCUGGAAUGUCCCUGUGCCUCACUAACACCUACUCAUCAUUUGAAACUCUUCAUAGAUGCUUCACUGCUUUCUCCCAGAGUCCUUCCCUUUGAAUCCCAGGUGGGGUUAGCUCCUGCACUUAAGACUUCCAUGAUCCUCUGUGCCCUUCUCAAUUAUUUUAUUACAACACUGUAUUAAUCUAUUCUCUUGCCCACCAGGCUGUGAGAUAUUUGUUAUUUGCACUGGGAUGCUCAGCACCCAGCCCAGUACCUGUACAUAGUAGGUGCUUAUUACAUGUUUGUUGAAUAAACACAGAUGUGAAUGA